AUGAGCCAAAAUAUACGACCUUAUCAACCAAGCGACAAUGAAGCCAUCCGGAAACUAUAUAUCGACAAAGAGAAGAAGCUUGAGAACAAGCGAAUCUUCAGAGCAAUGCUAGAGAGUUCACUGGUUCAAUGGUCGUGGCCAAUGGGGAUUGUUGGAAUUGCUGGCUACAACAUGACAACAACAGGGUAUGCAGCACGACAGCUUAUGAUGCUAUUUUGCCUAGAGACAACAAUCUGGAGUGCUGGACUAGGUCUUGCAUGGUACUUUUAUUUAAAGAAACGAUACCGACGGGCAAUAAGCAGACGUAGCAAUAAUGUACUUCGAAAUCUGACGGCCACAGAUGGACCCAAGAGCGGCUCAUGGGUAAUGGAAAGAAAGGAUAGGAUUAUCGGUGCAGUUGGAAUACAGUAUGAAGAUGAUGAAGGGAAAAUACAGAGCCUUACAUCUGGAGACAAACAGGCUGAACUUGCGUUGGUUCAAAGUGCCAUCAAGUUUGCAAAGAAGAAGGAAAUUAAGGUGAUCAUUAAACGUGGAAAUGAUACAACGUGGUCCGAUCGUUGUCGUCCUACCAUACCGCUAAUCAUUGAUCCGACUGAUCAUGAACACCCAAUUAACCACCUGUUUUCACCAACGGCAUUAGUUCCUGAUCUUACCUAUGUUGAUAAGACAUACUAUGCGUCUCAUUCUCCUUUUUCGUUCCCUUCUAUAUUUCUUCGUUGUCUAUCUCGCAGUAUGCAAGACAUAUCCACCAGAUUUUCUGAAAAGAAUUUUACUCCAACUAUCAACACAAUUAUAUUCAACAAGGCAUUGUCUAUGCUGAGAUCCAUAUCUCAUCUUGACUUAAACCAUGCAAGGCUCUUUAUUCUCCCUAGCCAGAUUUCCCGAUUGACGCGUUUGACGUUCCUCGACUUGUCUCACAAUCAACUUGAAACACUCCCAGAAUCGAUUUGCUACCUCAAACAUCUUCAGCACCUUAAUUUAGCCAAUAAUCGCAUUCCAGAGUUACCAUCCGUUGUACAAUUUUUCGUCAAACUGAACCACCUUGAUCUAUCUAAUAAUCCUCUGGAAGAACUGUCAGCAAAUAUCGCACGCCUUACACAGCUCACUAUGCUCGAUCUCACAGGGACAAAUAUUAGCAAUGUACCCUCUGAGCUCCUUCGCCUCACCAGAGUCUCUGUCAGAGUCGACAACUGUCCCAACAUUGCCGAAAGAUCCGUUUCAUUUUAUCAAACUUUGAAAUAUGAUCCGCCAAGCCUAUUAGAGAUAUGUUCUCGGAUAGUCAUGCGCCCUCUAUUACUGGACAGUGCGACCAAGAAGAAGAUGGUUAGCCAAAGAACUCUAGACUCGACGUUUUCUUUGAUUCCUCAAAAUGUCAAAGACUUUUUGAGCAGUCCAAAGGCGUGUUCAUUUUGUGAAGGACCUUAUUUCAAAGCGUGUGUACUUCGGUAUCGGAUUGUUCAGAGGCACGAUGAUACAUAUUUACCUGUGGAAUAUCGGCUGUGCUCGGCACAUUGGAGUGACGAAGACGACAGACUACUGACUAUGUUUGCAGAGCAACCCAUCACAAUGAUUCCUAGGCUAAGAAAACGCCGCGAGCUACGUUACACGGUCCCUAAUUUUUAGGUUGAAUAAGGUCGCAUUGCAUAUGAAUUCUAAUCUUAAUACUGUUACACUUCUUUUUGAGUGUUUUAAAGUUAACCAUAAAUGAAUCAAAUUAAUGGCAACGGUGGAAACAGUCCGGGAUAAUAAAGGCCAAGGCAGCAUUGAAAUGUAACCGAGGAAGUGAAUACAAAAUGAUUCGAAAUAAGUCUUUGUGUUCUGUGUUUAGAACCACAAGUCAACAAAUAAAAUAAGGAUAAAAUAAUAGU